AUGUCACUGUCCAGUCGUAAUGGUGACGCCAGACAAGUGAACGACGUAGAUAGCAGUGGGUUAUUCAGACAAGAGAAUCAGUGUUCGUUGAUACUAGCUGUGGUCCUCAACAGACGUCCAUCACGCGUCUCCAGCAAGGACGGGGAGAAACUAGACGAGUUUACUAGGCUUGUCAAGUAUGCGUCAACUUAUCGAGACAAGGACGUUCAUGGUCCAGAAGAGGGAGAGGUGCGAACCCGCCGCAUCUGGUACGCUCCUUGGCGACAGAAGAGAUUUCGUUGGAGAUACAUUGGAAGCACACCUAGCUUUCCAGAAGAAUGGCUUCUCACCGAUAUUCGUCAAGGCCUCUCUGAAUCCGACGUGUCUACGAGACGGAGUCUCGUUGGUUACAAUGAACUAGCUGCGGAGAAGGAGAAUCCGUUUGCUAAAUUCCUCUCUUAUUUUCAAGGGCCCAUCUUAUAUGUGAUGGAGCUCGCGGUUUUGCUCGCUGCAGGACUAGAGGACUGGAUAGACUUCGGUGUUAUCAUUGGCAUUCUGUGCCUGAACGCUGUGGUGGGCUGGUAUCAGGAGAAGCGAGCUGCUGAUGUUGUUUCCGCACUCAAAGCCGAUAUUGCUAUGCGAGCUAUAGUAGUUCGUGACGGAGAGGAAGUUGAUACUUACGCGCGUGAGCUUGUUCCUGGAGACGUGAUCAUAAUCGACGAGGGCCAGACAAUUCCCGCAGAUGCUAAAAUAAUUUGCGCCUACGAUGACCCCGAAAAUGGAUGGAACGAAUAUAAAAGGCUUAUGGAGGAGGGGAAACUGUCAGCCGGAGCGGCUGAUCACUCGGAGGAUAAAGACGGCAGCGAGCAUGACGAAACAGAUCAGCGAGGACCCUCAGUCAUAGCUUGUGACCAUUCAGCUAUAACUGGUGAGUCUCUUGCCGUUGAUCGCUAUGUGGGCGAUACGGCUUUCUACACCACUGGAUGCAAGCGUGGUAAAGCCUAUGCGGUGGUCCAGUCGACUGGGCCGAGGACCUUCGUUGGUCGAACCGCUGCCAUGGUUCAGAAUACGAAGGACACCGGUCAUUUUAAAAUGGUCAUGGAUAGUAUUGGCACAGUUCUACUAGUUCUCGUGAUGGCAUGGAUCCUAGCUAUGUGGAUUGGCGGGUUCUAUCGGAAUAUCCCUAUUGCCUCGCCAAAAGAACAGACCCUUCUCUUUUACACCCUAGAAUUGUUGAUCAUCGGAGUCCCGGUCGGCCUUCCAGUCGUUACAACCACGACAUUAGCUGUUGGAGCAGCGUAUCUCGCAAAGAAGAAAGCUAUUGUACAGAAGCUCACCGCCAUUGAGUCACUUUCGGGUGUUGAUGUCCUAUGUUCCGAUAAGACUGGAACUCUAACAGCAAAUCGACUCAGCAUCCGAGAACCGUUUGUGGCAGAAGGGGUCGAUGUGAACUGGCUGUUUGCCGUGGCAGCACUAGCAUCAUCCCAUAAUGUUAACACCCUUGAUCCCAUUGAUAGGAUCACUAUUUUAUCACUCAGACAGUACCCCAAGGCAAAAGAGAUCCUUCAGCAAGGUUGGAAAAUGGAAGAAUUUCAUCCGUUUGACCCGGUUUCGAAGCGGAUUGUAUCAGUUGCAACUUGCAACGGGACGAGAUAUACAUGCACCAAAGGUGCGCCGCAGGCUGUUUUGCAGCUCACUAACUCCUCGGAGAGCACUGCAAAGACGUAUAAAGAAAAAGCAACAGAAUUUGGCAGCCGCGGCUUCCGUUCCUUAGGUGUUGCUGUUCAAAAGGAAGGUGAAGAUUGGACUCUCCUUGGCAUGCUUCCGAUGUUUGAUCCUCCCCGCGAGGAUACCGCCCAAACAAUUGCUGAAGCCCAAAAGCUUGGGAUUCAAGUUAAGAUGCUUACAGGUGAUGCUAUUGCUAUUGCAAAAGAGACCUGUAAAAUGCUGGGCCUAGGUACUAGGGUGUUCAAAUCUGAGAAGCUUAUCAGUGGCGGUCUAAGUGGUGCGAUGGCCGCUGAAUUAGUUGAGAAAGCUGAUGGAUUUGCUGAGGUUUUUCCUGAACACAAAUACCAAGUCGUUGAGAUACUUCAAGAUCGUGGCCAUCUCACUGCCAUGACUGGAGAUGGGGUAAACGAUGCGCCUUCCCUAAAAAAGGCUGAUUGUGGUAUUGCAGUUGAGGGGGCAUCUGAGGCUGCUCAAUCUGCUGCAGAUAUUGUUUUUUUAGAGCCGGGACUUUCAACAAUCAUUGACUCCAUCAAAGUUGCUCGGCAGAUAUUUCAUCGAAUGAAGGCAUAUAUCCAAUAUAGGAUAGCACUCUGUCUUCAUUUGGAAAUCUAUCUUGUCACGAGUAUGAUUAUUUUGAAUGAAAGUAUCCGGGCUGAUUUAAUUGUUUUUCUUGCGCUUUUUGCUGAUCUGGCUACUGUUGCUAUCGCAUAUGACCAUGCAUCUUAUGAGCUCAGACCGGUAGAAUGGCAGCUGCCAAAGAUCUGGAUUAUCUCUAUUAUACUUGGCAUCUUACUUGCAGCAGCAACAUGGGUUAUUCGUGGGACUAUGUUUCUCCCGGAUGGCGGCAUUAUUCAGAACUGGGGCUCUAUCGAAGAGGUCAUUUUCCUCGAGGUUGCACUAACAGAAAAUUGGCUGAUAUUUAUCACCAGAGGAGCUGAUACCUGGCCGUCACUACAGUUGGUCGGCGCAAUAUUUGGUGUCGAUGCCUUGGCCACAAUAUUUUGCUUGUUUGGCUGGCUCUCGAAUAGAGACAUGGUCACGGACCCCUAUGACCAGUUACUUAAUACUCCGAAGGAAACACAAAAUGGGUGGACGGAUAUUGUGACGGUUGUCCGGAUCUGGGGCUAUGCCAUUGGAGUCACCGUUGUCCUCGCGCUGAUAUACUAUGCUCUGAACAAGAUUCGGUGGCUGGACGAACUCGGUCGAACUAAGCGGAGUAAAGGAGACAUCCAGAUUGGGACGAUUCUGAGCCAUCUCGCUCAAAUAUCUGUUCAGUACGAGAAGGAAGGCGAAAGCGGAGGAGGUCGUUUCUUUCUCGCUAGCAAGGAAGAAGGUGAUAUGGAAUGAACGUGGGUGUGCGUUUAUUUGCGGAGGAACCCCAAUUCGCGAAAAACCAUUAAGUACCAGUUUCCGCGUUAAAGUGUCAAUCGAGUGGUCUCUUUCGUCGAAGCCGAGCGCCAUUUGAGGUUCAAUGUUGAUUGAACUGUCAGCAGCAGCAGCGUACCUAUGCGAGGUAGCGAAUGCCGUUAGUGAGCUUGACUAAGGGAAGCAAAUUACUGGAUGCUACUCAUCUAAUCAUUUUGUCUAAGCAGCGGC